AAGCAUAGCUCCAAUGUGAGGCUCGCAUGGAUUAAUGGAUUCUAGGCACUGCAUACUAGAUGGAUUUUAAUAUUGACAACAGGCAUCAAAUCUUUCGUCACACUCCUUUUUAUCUGAGAUUCAAAGCAGAGAAGGGGCAUGUGAGUUGCAACACAGUUGAAUAGUGGAGUGCAGUGUCUUUUUCUUUUGUAUUUAUAAGUAUGGAGGGAGGUUUUGCUAAGAUUGCACGUUUGGAGUCGGGCCCAGGACAAGACCAAAAAGGAGAGGUACCUGUAAGAAUACCUACGGUCACCGCCCAGGGUUCGAUUCCCAUUAGGGCUCCCGUUUCCGAUGACAUAGAGGACGACGACAACGAUAAAGAGGGCUUUGACACCGAAGAAGGAGGAGAAGAAGAAGGCGAGGAAUGUUUUGAGAGUGCGCCGGCCAGCCCCGUUGGGUCUUUUACUAAUAAUAACCAUCCUUCUGAUUUUGCGGACAAGGAGGGCGAAUCUUUGGCUAAGGUAAGGAAAGCUUCUCGCUCUCAUUCUGAUUCUGAUGAUUCUUAUUCUUCUUCGCCUUCGUCUUCUUCGUCCUCUUCUUUUUCUGGGUCGAGGCGGCCUCGUGUGAGGCCUGUGGCUAAAGUUAGUGGGGAGGAAGAGGAAGAGCAGCCCGCUGUGGAGGUUUUAGUUCAUGAGUCUGAGGAAGAGGAGGGUUUUAGGGUUGCCAAGGUCCCGCCUUUGGUUGCCUCUGGCGGCGUAGUGUCGGGUUUUGGGGAACAGAGUCUGGGAGUAAUUGGGGGUUCGGAGGGCUCUGCAGAGGCGUUUGAGAUGGGGAACGAGUCAUCUGAAAUAGGGGAAGUUGGGGUUAGUGAGAGGCCUGCGGAAUUACAGCAGGGUUUGGCUUCCGUAGAGUUGGAAGGUGCUGAGGGUGUUAAAGAUGGCGUCCUAGAUGCUGCCGAAGGUGCGGCCUUGAAGAAGGAUAGUCAAGAGGAUGUUAAUUCUGGUGAGAGGGAAGUUGUAGGUGAGAUUCUUUCGUCUGCAGAUUCCAUGUCCAAACAGGACGGGGAGGGGAAGGAACCUUCAGAGAUAGAGGGGGGCAAGGCUCAUGAGAUUGGUAAUGGAAGUGUUUUGGAUAAGAAUGGUGAUGGACUUGAAGAUAAUGGUAGUGCUGAGUCUGGUGAUGUUGGCCUUGAUAAGGCUUCGGAUGAGACUGUUUUAGUUGAGAAAAACGAUUCCCAGAAUGGUGUAGCUGUGGACAUGGAGCCUGUUGUUGCGGAGGAGGAGAAAUCCCGGGCGGAUGGCAUAGAUGCAGCCGAGGAGGAUACUAAUGUUUCUCAGGUAGAGAAGGAUAUUGUUGGUCCAGAUGCGGGAGAGAGUACUGGGCCGUCUGAGGAUGUGCAGGGGCCCAGGGCGGAAAUUCACCAGGCAGCUGAUGAAGAAUGUGCACCGGAGGAUGUUAUUGUUAAGGAGAGAGGUGAUAAAGGUAAUGAUUUGGAAGAAUUUGCAGUGAAAAGCACUCUGGAAACUGAGGAGAAAUCUCUUGGUUCUCCAGCAGAGGAGGUUACUAUUGUCCAAGAUGUUGGAGAGAGUUUUGGACAGUGUAAGUCAGACGAGUUGCAGGAGUCCAUUAUAGAAAUUAAUCAAGAAGCCGGUGAAGAAACUGUAUUAGAGGGUGCUGAUGACAAGAAGGGUGAUGAUAGAAGUGUUGAUGUUCAAGAGUUUGCAUUGGAACUGACGCCAGAAAAUGGGGUUGCUGAGGUGCAAGCAGCUGCUGAGAAGGAUGUCUCCGAGUCUGAGCGCGUUAUGGAAAUUAAUCAAACAGCUGGUGAAGAAUCUGUACCGGAGGAUGCCGAUCUCAAGGAGAGUGGUGAUAAAAGUGUUCGUGUACAAGAGCUUGCAUUGGAACCCACGCCAGAAAAUGGGGUUGCUGAGCUGCAAGCAGCUGCUGAGGAAGAUGCCUCCGAGUCUGAAUCCAACAGGGAUAAAAUGGUGGAGGAGAAUGUUUCUGCUGAUGCCGUGAAAGUGAUAGAUGGUUCCUUGUUUCUGAGUGAGAAGUAUGAUGCUCAGGAUUCUCAGGCAACUGAGGUCGCCUCGGCAAGUCCUUUGCCUGGUGAGCAGAACAUUGAUACUGAGGGUGUUGUUGACAAGGAAGUGGAGCAUUAUGCAGAAAAUGCUCUUGAAUUAGUGGAUUCUGAAUUGAAGCAUGCAGAUGCAACGGUUGAGGUGGUAGAUGAUGCUCAAGAAAUCAAGGCAGGUGGUGUUGAAGACUCAAAAGAUGGAGUGGAGACAUCUCAGAGAGAAGAGCAGGGAUUCACGGAGUCAAAAGGACUUGUCAAAUCCAAAGCACCAACAGAAAUUGCAGUUACAAUUGAGGGAGGGCAAGCUGACACUUCAACGCCUGAAUCAUUUCCCCCCAGCAUAACUGAAACAUUGGAUGCCACAUCCAAGUCAAAAAUUGAAUCUUCUACUGGAGAUUACUCCAUCCAGAAAGUUACAGAUGAUGAAGAUAUGAAAAUAAUAGGCUCUUCUUCUUUGGGUGCCUCAACAGACGUAGUAGGUUCUGCAAUCAAUGUCUCUUCGCUUAGCUCUAAUUUUGAUGAUAAGGUUAGUAAUCAGCAGUCAAAUGUGAACGAAGAUGAUGGCCAGAACAUGGCAAACGAGGUUGUCUCACCAAGUUCCGUCACCAGUCAGCAGACCACUAAUAAGGAGGAUAUUGUGGAGACUGGAAGUGUGGUAAGUCAUAAUUCCUCAAUGAUAUCUAAAUCCAAUAUGCCAGAUAAUGCUCAAGAAACUGAGGUAGCAGCUUUGCAUCAAGACAAGUCUGUAGAAAACCAGACGGUUAAGGUAUUUAAUUUCACAGAUGGGACCCCUAGGGAAGAAGCUGAGGCUGGUUUAGAAUCUCAGAAAACUGAAAGUGUUGAAGUGCCAAAGGAAGCGAUUCUUGGAUCUUUGGAUUCAAAUGAACAUAUUUGCUCCUCGAAGCCUGGAGCAUCUUCGGAUGAUUCAAAUAAUUUAAUGAAAUCAUAUUUUUCUGCUAUUAAUCAGGUUAACAAAGGCAAUGUUUUGGAUGAUGAAGAGUCUGCAGCAUCAUAUGCCAAUCCUCACAUAACAUUUGAAUCAUCUAGUGGUGAUGAAUCUGUGCAGAAAGUUGUUGGACAAAUGGUAACGGAUUGGGAUGAUGAAGAAGAUGAUGAUGAGGAUGAAGAUGAAGAAGAAAUGGUGGAUCCUUCUGCUUUGGCUGCCUUGAUGGAGGUAGCAAACUCCGCAGUCUCUGGCUCUAACACUGCGUCAUUUGGUGAUGCAGGCUUUCCUGUUUCAACACGUCCUGCAGGACUUGGAGCAUCUGUCCCAUCAUUGGAUCCCAUGCCUCGUUAUAUUCAUCAUUCCCGACCAAAUGGAGCAGCCAUUUCUCGUCCAUCCCCAUCGGUGGAAGAUAAUCAACAAAUUGGAGAUUCAAGUGAUGGUUACGAUGAAACACAGGAGAAACUGCAGAUGAUUAGAGUGAAGUUUUUGCGUGUUGUUCAAAGAUUAGGUCAGACUCCUCAGAAUGUUGUGGUUACACAAGUUUUGUACAGGUUGGGACUUGCUGAGGGACUAAAAAGAGGAGCAAGUGCCAACAGGGCAUUUAGUUCCGACAGAGCAAGUGCAAUUGCAGAGGAGCUAGAAGCAGCUGGGCAAGAGGAUUUGGAUUUCACUUGUAACAUUUUGGUUCUUGGGAAAACAGGUGUAGGAAAGAGUGCCACAAUCAAUUCCAUUUUUGAUGAAUCUAAGUCUGCAACCAAUGCGUUUCAACCAGCAACAUGCAAGGUUAGGGAGAUACUGGGAACCAUUCAUGGCAUCAAGGUCAGGGUUGUUGAUACGCCUGGUUUGAUGCCCUCUUCUGCUGAUCAGCGCAGAAACAAAAAUAUUAUCUUGUCAAUUAAGAAAUUUAUCAAGAAAAGUUCACCAGAUAUUGUUUUGUAUUUUGAUCGUUUAGAUGUACAAAGUAGGGACUAUAGUGAUCUGCCUUUGCUCAAACUUGUCACUGAGACAUUUGGAGCUGCCAUCUGGUUCAACACUAUUGUAGUUCUCACUCAUGCUGCAUCAGCUCCUCCGGAUGGAGCCAAUGGAUCACCUCUUAGCUAUGAGAUGUUUGUAGCUCAGCGGUCUCACAUAGUGCAACAUUCCAUACGCCAAGCGGCUGGCGACAUGCGACUCAUGAAUCCUGUAUCUCUAGUGGAGAAUCAUUCAGCAUGUAGAAGAAACAGGGAGGGCCAGCGUGUUUUACCCAAUGGUCAGGUUUGGAAACCUCAAUUGUUGUUGUUGUGUCUUUCAUCAAAGGUCUUGGCUGAAGCAAAUGCCCUUCUGAAAUUGCAAGAUAAUACUCCUGGAAAGCCACUUGGGCUUCGCACACGAGCUCCACCAUUGCCUUUUCUACUGUCCUCACUUUUGCAGUCCAGAGCACAGUUGAAAGCUCCAGAUGAGGAUGGGGAAGACAUUGAUUCUGAUAUAGAUCUGGAGGAUUUAUCAGACACAGAAGUUGAAGAUGAGUAUGACCGACUUCCUCCUUUCAAGUAUUUGACAAAAUCUGAGUUAUCUGAACUGACAAAAGAAGAAAGGGAAGCUUACUAUGAUGAAAAGUAUAACAGAGAAAAAUUAUAUCAGAAGAAACAGUGGAAAGAGGAGCUGAAAAGGCGAAAAAAUAUGAAGAAGAAAUCAGAUUCUGCUAAACCAGAUUCUGAUAAACCAAAACAAAAUCCUGAAGAGGAGGAUGAUGGUCAGCCAGAACCAGAGGCAGUGCCCAUGCCAGAUAUGACAAUGCCUCAAACAUUUGACUCUGAUAAUCCUACUUAUAGGUAUCGUUAUCUUGAUACUCCCAGUCAGUGGCUUGUCAGGCCAGUUCUGGACACGAAUGGUUGGGACCAUGAUACUGGAUACGAUGGAGUAAAUGUGGAGAGGAUGUUUGUUAUUAAAAACAAGAUACCAGCCUCGGUUUCUGGGCAACUUACAAAAGAUAAAAAGGAAGCCAAUUUUCAAAUGGAGUGUGCUGCCUCUGUAAAGCAUGGAGAACAUCAAGCUACACUAGCAAGCUUUGAUGUGCAAAGUGUUGGUAGGGGCCUUGCUUAUACUCUUCGUAGUGAGACCAAGUUCAGCAAUUUCAAGGGCAAUAAGACUGCAGGUGGACUUUCUUUCACCUAUUUAGGUAAUACACUGGCAACUGGUAUGAAGCUUGAAGAUAGCCUAAAAGUUGGAAAGAGGUUGAAGUUUGUUGUAAAUGGUGGUGCUAUGAUGGGUCGUGGAGAUGUGGCUUAUGGGGGAAGCUUAGAAGCCACACUGAGAGACAAGGACUACCCAGUUGGCCAAAUGCUUACGACCUUGGGUCUAUCUGUAAUGAAUUGGCACGGGGAUCUGGCUAUUGGUGGCAAUCUUCAGUCACAAUUUGCUGUGGGAAGGAAAUGGAAAGUUGUUACCCGCGCAAAUUUAAACAACAGGCGUUCUGGUCAAAUAAGUAUUCGAACAAGUAGCUCUGAGCAGCUUCAAAUAGCUUUGAUUGGCCUUAUUCCAAUAAUCAGGAGUCUCAUUCGGGGCCGGUUGUCUGAACCUCCUUAUUCGACCUAGUAACCUGGUCAAUUAUGGAUGAUUCUUAGAGUAUUCGUAAUUUCUUUUAAUUUAGAAGCCAGUUGGGUCUAUAUGUUAGAUGUGGGGAAAUUUAAGUUCAGAAGAGUUGUGCAAGCCUAUGAUAUUUUUGACUUUGUGGCCACGUUUUCUAAUUCCAAAUAAUGCAGAGAAACAAUAAGAUUGCUGCAGUAAUAUCUGGAGCACAACGAAGUAUGUUAUAGAAUACAUAUGGCAUACUGUUCGAGAUUAUUGUUAUUUUCGUUUCUGUUGAUAUCAAUUUUUACUUAUGCAAUCUUCUGUAUA